GCAGCUUUCGCGGCGCUUCAGGGACAUGUUCGCCCCACACGGCCGAGCCCUGAGUCCUGGGUCGGUCGUGAGGAUUCCCGCUCUGGCACGAGUCCUGGAGGCCGGACUGUCCAGUUUCUACAACGGAAACUUAUCACAGGAGAUAGUGAAGGAGGUGCGAGCGAAUGGAGGAGUCCUGAGCCGAGUGGACAUCAGUAACUACACUGCAGAGGUCCAACAACCACUGGAGGGACACUUUGAGGAUUUUAUAAUUCAAGUUCCUCCUCCUCCGUCUGCCGGUGCAGCCUUGAUAUCAGUUUUGAAGCUUUUGGAGGAUUUUCAUCUGCGUGAGAACAACGCUACAGAAAAUCAGACCCAUCAGUUGAAUGCAGAGGCUCUGAGAGCAGCUGCUGCCUCUGUUCUGGAUGGAAAUACGUCCAACUCCUCAGUCACGGAGCUGCUCUCUCACAUACUGAGCAAGAGUCAAGCAGACGAGCUGUGGAUGAAUUCCUCCCAUGCGUCCGAGUACGACUCCUCACGCCACCCCGCGCAGACGGAGCAGAUAGGUGGGCAGGUAGUAGUCAUGGGAUCCGAUAACCUCAUGGUGUCUGUUGCGAGUUCCUUGAGCCGAGCCUUCGGGAGCAGGAUCGUAACCCCGUCUGGCAUCAUCCUCAACAGCCUCCUCCUCGACUUCUCCCGGUCAAAUGAAGUCGGAGGCCGACUUCAGAAUGUCCGGAACAUCAGCGAUAACGUCGAGAGGAGGCCUGAACUGUUUCUCCUGCCCACAAUUAUUAUCCCGGCAAGGCAUCGGUGUGGCAUCCGUAUGGCUAUAAGCAGCUCCGGUGGACAAAGCCAUGUGAAAGUAAUGACCCAGAUGUUAAGUGCUGCGCCGCUAAUCCAAAAGGAGGAAAAUGAGACUCAUUUCAUUGACAGACUCCAACUUCUGCCAAAGUCACAUCUUCUGGGGUGAUCGUCCAGAAGACCGUCUGCAUUUGUUGGAUGGAAAUGUUCAAGUUGAAAGGAUGAAUUCAAACAGCUGUCUGGGCAUAUCAUCAGGCCAUGGAGGGACUUCACUGAUUUCAUACCAUUUCAUGAUGUUUUUCUUCUCUCAGACCUAGAAAUAAAUAUGCUAAUUGAGUAGAUCUACUUCUGCACUUCAUAAUAUAAAUCCAAUUAUUUUCUCCUCUGCUGUCAUUGCUGUCACCAGAGAGGAAACCUAUUUCUUUCUAAUAAGAAAAAAGAAAAAUUGUCAAAAUAAUCUAGGUUAAAUAAAACAUCUAAUCAUG